AUGGGUAAAGAAAAGACUCACGUCAACGUUGUUGUCAUUGGACACGUCGAUUCCGGUAAGUCGACCACCACCGGUCACUUGAUCUACAAGUGUGGUGGUAUUGACAAGAGAACUAUUGAAAAGUUCGAGAAGGAAGCCGCUGAAUUGGGUAAGGGUUCUUUCAAGUACGCUUGGGUUUUGGACAAACUUAAGGCUGAAAGAGAAAGAGGUAUCACCAUUGACAUUGCUUUGUGGAAGUUCGAGACUCCAAAGUACCACGUUACUGUCAUUGAUGCCCCAGGUCACAGAGAUUUCAUCAAGAACAUGAUCACUGGUACUUCUCAAGCUGACUGUGCUAUUUUGAUUAUUGCUGGUGGUACCGGUGAAUUCGAAGCUGGUAUCUCUAAGGAUGGUCAAACCAGAGAGCACGCUUUGUUGGCUUACACCUUGGGUGUUAGACAAUUGAUUGUUGCUGUCAACAAGAUGGACUCCGUCAAAUGGGACAAGAACAGAUUUGAGGAAAUCAUCAAGGAAACCUCUAACUUCGUCAAGAAGGUUGGUUACAACCCUAAGACUGUGCCAUUCGUUCCUAUCUCUGGAUGGAAUGGUGACAACAUGAUUGAGGCUUCUACCAACUGUCCUUGGUACAAGGGAUGGGAGAAGGAGACCAAGGCUGGUAAGUCCACCGGUAAGACUUUGUUGGAGGCCAUUGACGCCAUUGAGCCACCUCAAAGACCAACCGACAAGCCAUUGAGAUUGCCAUUGCAAGAUGUUUACAAGAUUGGUGGUAUUGGAACGGUGCCAGUCGGUAGAGUUGAAACCGGUAUCAUCAAGGCCGGUAUGGUUGUUACCUUUGCCCCAGCUGGUGUCACCACUGAAGUCAAGUCCGUGGAAAUGCACCACGAACAAUUGGUUGAAGGUGUUCCAGGUGACAAUGUUGGUUUCAACGUUAAGAACGUUUCCGUUAAGGAAAUUAGAAAGAGGUAA